UAUUAAGAGAAGGACAUUGUGGUGAACGGUUGCGUAAAAAAAGGAUUGCAACUUGAAAUGGAUAUUAAGGGGAGGCAGUCAGGUGCAGCCUUUACUUCAGCUUUGGCGAAGUUGACACGGCACAAAAUAGCUGAUGCCCCACAUCCGCUUUUGAUUAAAUACGAUACUCAAGGCUACGUGAUAGGCGCAGUGACAGGUGUGGCGAACACACAGGAUAGCCCAGACGGGCUGGCAAUUGGAUGGCAAGAGGGAUUUGACAGGACGUCAGGACUCGGGGGGUUAGCGAGCACGCGACUCGCACUUCGACAUCCCCUUUGUGGCGCUUGCCAGACCUCAGUCGGGUUAGGAAUUCAGGAUUGGGGGCUGAACAGCCAAGCGACGUCGAAGGAGCACGCAGAGCGAAUGCUCGUUGCUGUUGAACGGGCUUUGCUUCCCACAUAACUGAAUGUUGACGACGAACUCCUCUCGUCCACAUCGUCUGGAGGCCAAACCCAUCGACCGUCACGCCGGAGUGAUUUCCAUGCGACCGCAAGUCGCCGUUCUCUGCGCUGCCCUGCUUUUUAUCUCUUUGCGGAAAUGAAGCCAAGGCGCUGCCCUCACGCCUGCGCUUACUAGCGCCACUUCAUAUUGCGGCUGUCGUCGUGCCUUUGUUACGAUCCGUUUGAUCCGUCAUUCGCACUCCGUGUGCGCAGAACCAUGACAACCAUGGAGCCCGAGGACCAGCCCACAGCACCUCGUUGACGACUGCGUUUUGGCAAUGUAGAAAGGCCGCGGCCGAGCCGGUCGACAAGCAGCGAGCCCACCGGCUACGAGCGCGGCUUCAAGAGUAAAACAGGCGGGAGCAACUGCCGCCGUCAGACGAUGGGGAUAGCGUCAACGGUCGCCCCUAUACUGCACCCCCUUUCCAGCCCCUCACUCAUAGUCAGGAAAUACGAUACAGUUCCACCGAGUCUUUUUACAUUCUUCUGCAUUCAGUCUCCUGUGUUGUCAACCACAGUCAACCCGCGAAAACGCAUUGCUUCAGAACCCCACUCCAGAUUCUCCACAAUCACUCCUUUUUUAACCUGAGCUAGGUUACACAGCAGCUUCUCUCAACGCGCUCGGAGUCGAAGUCCGCAUAGGGGAGAGAGGCCUUUAGGACCCACGAGCAGGUUCUGGUAGAACAGAGUGUGCUGUUGUUGGCUGUGACGAUCUGCUUGUACGCAAAUGGCUUCUGCACGGCACCGUAAGACUCCAAGGGUACCUCUCGCAACAUGACGGAUAGCAGCUCUGGCGGACGGGUGCCAGAACGCUUCUCUGUGACUUCGGUAACUCAAUUGUCAUCGAUGCAUGCGCUCGCGUCUUGAGGUCAGUUCAUCACACAGGCCGGACGGGGUGGAUUUGACAUGGAGCGUUUUUGAAGUGAAAGGAUUCAGUGUAUUUUCUUUUUUUUUU